CUGCCGGCUGGCCAAUGGGGCGCGGCCGAGUCCGCGGGGCGCGGCCCGAAGCGGUACCUGACGGAUCGGGUGAGACCCGAGCCCGCCCGAACGCGGCCGAGUCCCCGAGCGCUGCGGCCCGGCGAGGCGAAGAGUCCCGAGCGCGCUCGAGCCGUGUCCGAUCUCAGCCGAAGGCGGUAGCGAGGAGCGCCGAUGUGUGCCGAGUCGUCUCCGAUCGCGCCCGAGCUCCGCUCGCCGGCCCGAACGGAGACGCCCGAACGGGCAGCGCCCGAAUCCGCCCGAAAGCGACCGAACCGGGCCGAACGCUCCGAUCGCGCCCGAAGGCGGGUGGGCGGGGCGAGUGGCCGCGCGCGGGCUGCCGGGACGGCGGAGAACCGGCGGGCGGGGCGGGGGCGUCAAGAUGGCGGUACCGAGCCGAGGAAGAACAUCAGAGAUUGUAUCCUUUCUGUACCACUGCUCCCUCCAUGCAAGACUCCUGGAGAAGACUGCCUCAAGUGGAUUCCUAUCUUCUGUCCAGUAACUCUGCACAGUGCUGGAUCCUGCUCUAUGUAAAUGGGGUUUAUUACAUCUUCUACUUCUUGGCAACUCUUGCAAUGAUUAUUUACAAAAGUCAGGUUUUCAGUUAUCCAGAUGAUUUUUUGGCUCCUGAUCUUGCUGUGCUUUUCCUUAUGGCCAUUCUGGAAGUGCCUCGAUUGUACUUGGGUUUCAAGGGUAACCUGACAGAAGCAGAGGCGCCGCUGGGGGUGAGCCUGGGGCUCACGGUGGGCAGCGUGCUGCUGUGUGUGUACCUGCUGCUGUGGCAGACCUACGUGCUGUGGGCAGAUGUGCUCCUCAACGCCGUGCUGCUCUCGGCCUACGGGCUCGAGUCGGGGCUCAAGGUCACGGCCAUCGCUGCCUUUGUCAGCUGAGCCCGGCCCUUCCCACACGCCUGCCACACAUUUCUUCUCUGAGAGUGGGGCUUCAUUUCCACUGCUGAAUCCCUGUGUAUAUAAAAACCCUGUAAAGCUUCUCUCUGUUUAAAUGAGAAGUUUUGGGGACGUAGAUGUCCUGCCCAGGAGCUGUGUGAUGCUGUCCACCAUUGUGUUAUUUAUGGGCAAAGGCAAGGGAUGAAUCACAAAACACUUAACACUCUGGCAUUCACCAGGGGUCAGUACUGAAUAUCCAUUCCCAACACAGGAUAGGAGGCAGUGCUGCUGGCAUGGUGGCAUUUUCAUGGCACAGGAGCAACAUGCAGCCCAAGUGACACAGAAAUGAAUCAGGCCAGGGCUCACUUGUGCCUUGCCACGCACACAUCCGUGUUUGAGGGCACAGCUGCUCUGCUGCUCUCAUUUGUGUUUCCAGACCUCAGUGGUAAUUUCCCUGACUUUAGUAGGGCAGAACCUGAUGUAUCCCAGUGGGGGAGAGUGGAACUGGGUUUUGUGCAUACCUGGAGAGCCAAGCCGCAAGGUUUGGCAGCCAGUUCUUACUACGUGAGGGGAAGUUUGGUCAGACAGGAUGGCUUUAAAAUGAACAAAACCAUUCACCAUUUGUUCUCCCUUCUGUCCUGUUUAAAAGUCCAACAGAAUGUUGGCAGUUUUAUUUCUAUUCAGUGUUAAAUGUGCUUAUUUAUACUAUUUUGCAAAAAUUACUAUAUUCAAGUCUGUCUUAACUUCUAACUGGUGCAAGUGCAGAAUUUUUUACUGUCUCAAAAAUAUGUGUUAAUGGAAAGCUUUGGGAGUUCCUGGUUUUUUGAAGAAGCCUAUUUUCUAUUCAGAAUUUCAUAUUUUUGUAUUUAUUUAUUCAUUCAAAUAAAUAAUGGUUUAGAUC